GCUUCCAAUCGCUGUCUGCUCAGAGGAAAUAUAUGAGAUCCCCUCUAAGCCCUGAAAUGGCCACACAGGAGGUUCAGCUGAAUGAGACUCUGGCUCAUCUGAAGACGGAGUCGGAGAACCUGAAGUCGAAGCUGGAGGAGGAGAGAGCCAAGCUGCACGAUGUCGAGCUACACCAGGUGGCAGAGAAGGUGGAAGGACUUGGACAGUUCAUCAUGAAGACCCGGAGGACUCUGAAAGGACAUGGAAACAAGGUUCUGUGUAUGGACUGGUGUAAGGACAAGAGGAGGAUCGUCAGCUCCUCACAGGAUGGAAAAGUGAUUGUAUGGGAUGCUUUCACCACCAACAAGGAACACGCUGUGACAAUGCCCUGCACCUGGGUUAUGGCCUGUGCCUAUGCCCCAUCUGGCUGUGCUGUAGCCUGUGGUGGUCUAGACAACAAGUGCUCUGUGUAUCCUCUGUCCCUGGACAAGAAUGAAAACCUGGCUGCUAAAAAGAAGUCAGUGGCCAUGCACACAAACUACCUGUCUGCCUGUAGCUUCACCAACUCUGAUAUGCAGAUCUUAACAUCUAGUGGGGAUGGCACCUGUGCAUUAUGGGAUGUUGAGAGUGGUCAGCUGUUGCAGAGUUUCCAUGGACAUGCAGCAGAUGUGCUGUGUCUGGAUCUUGCUCCCUCUGAGACUGGAAACACGUUUGUGUCAGGGGGCUGUGAUAAAAAGGCCAAUGUGUGGGACAUGCGUUCAGGACAGUGCAUCCAGUCCUUUGAAACUCAUGAGUCAGAUAUUAAUAGUGUGCGAUACUAUCCAAGUGGAGAUGCAUUUGCUUCUGGCUCAGAUGAUGCCACAUGUCGCCUCUAUGACCUGAGGGCUGACAGAGAAGUGGCCAUCUACUCCAAAGAGAGCAUCAUAUUUGGAGUCUCUAGUGUGGAUUUCUCUCUCAGUGGUCGGCUACUGUUUGGUGGCUACAACGACUACACCAUCAAUGUUUGGGAUGUUCUCAAAGGAACUCGGGUUUCUAUACUGUUUGGCCAUGAGAACCGUGUCAGUACCCUGCGAGUUUCUCCUGAUGGCACUGCGUUCUGCACAGGUUCCUGGGACCACACUCUGCGGAUCUGGGCUUGAGGAUGAAGACGCAGAAAAGUAAAUGUUUGACAGACUCACAGACGACAGGCCAACUAUUUUGGUUGCUAGAGUACAAUCACAGCUACAGAGACUCAGUCAUGGAUGUACAUACAUACAGCAUAUUAACACACUUGUAUAUAGCCCAGUCUAAUGGCCAUAGGUUAACAUGUUCCAGUACAGUUAGAAAACCAAACGCCACGCUUGUAUUACCCAAAACUGCACAAAAAACAUUUAAGAAGUCAAAUGUACUUUUCUGAAAAUAUAAUUGGUAGAGACUUAAGAGUCAGUGUAGAUUUCAAGAGGUGAUGUAUUGUACUUGACCACUUUUCCUUUUUUAAUAUUUUGCACAAAAAAAAAUUGAGGCAAGGGCAACGAAACAAACAAUUACACAGUGAAUGACAAGUAACAAAAAAUGUCACAUAAAGAAAUGUAAUUUCCUACUUAAGUAAUUCUAGGACAAUGUAUUUGUGUUUUAUUCUAGACCUGUUGUUUCAUUUUAGUAACUCAUGUUCCAGUUCUAUUGUGAGAACGUCAAUUUUCAGAACAACAUAUGAAACAUAAAUUUUUCCUGCUGUGAUAACUAUUCACUGCACGCCGUGCACAUUCAGUCUCUACCCUGUUGUGCCCCAGUAGUUUCCAAAUUUAAAUCCCAGAAUGUACUCCCUCUCAUGCUGUUGUCCAAUGGCUGUAAUUUCAUAUUUAUUGUAAGUAUUUUAUUGUAGUUUAGUGUACAGUUAUACAAGGGACUGAUUAUCAAAAUAUUGCAAACAUAAUAAACUGAGUUUUGAAUAUCACA